CUUGGUUUUUCUUUCGUCCUUUGUAAACUAGCUGUCACUUAAACAUAAGGAGGGUAGAGAAUAGAAGGAGAAUUAUUUGGACCCCUCAUUUAUUUUAGGGCGUGAACAGUUUUAUUUUCCCACUUACAGAGAAAACUAAUCUGCCUUAUCGCCCCGCGUGGGUGAUACAUGAUAACACUAAUGAAAUGUUCGAUUUUUAAACCGGUUAGAUACCCUCACAUGAAACCAAUGAUUGGAGACUUUCUAUGCUUGGAUUUAACUGUUAUUUUUUUAAACAAUAUUUCAAAUAUCCUGUAACUCGGAUUACAGAUUACCAUUUGGAGUUUCACUAAAAUUACAUACAGCUAUACUUGUGGAUAUUUUAAAUCAAAAUCACAAUCAUGCUUCAUCGACCUACUCUCAUGCCUGCAUCAAUGAAAUCAUCCUCAAAAUUCAAAUUAUCUACUAAUUCAAAACAUUCAUCUCAUUCAAUUAAAAUAGAAAAUCCAGAAUUGACUCAACUACUUAACUGUGGUGAUGAUGAUGAUGAAAUAGUUAUUGUAGAACCCACAGAUCCAGAUGAAGAUCGUAUGAAACAGGAAGAUGCAACAUUUGAUGAUGUAUUAAACAAAGAACAAGAAGAUUAUGCGGAGGAAGAUUACAAUGGGAAUGAUGGAGAUAUGAAUUCAAAUGACUCUCAUAUGAAAGGUGAAUCUCACAUCCCAGUGUCGAAUGUUAAAGUGGAUGAAGCCACUGGAAAUGUAACUCCAGUGACCGUAACCACAGAUUCGGUUAAACCUAUUGGAAUUUUACCUCUGAAUGAUGUGAUUCACAAUCUACUCACAUGUACACCACAUGUUGCUCCCACCAUACAAAAUGUUGCACUUCAACCUAUACUGUCGGGUAAAAUGAACGGAUCAGGAAGUGUGCAAAUGCCGAAUGUUGUUUCCAAUGCAUUGCCUACAUUGUGGCUUCAUUCUCCAGUUGUGAAUUCAACGGGAAUGAGUAUGCCUAAUGUGAAUAGUGUGACAGAUUUGACGAGUAAUAUUGUACAGAAUAGUGGGACUGCACUGAAUCCACUUGUUGCUGCUGUGCUUGUGAAUUGUGCCACAGUGAACAUGAUAAGUCAGCUAGCUGGAUCAAUGUGUACUCCGAUGGUGAACAGCAGUAUGAUCGAUGUUAAUGUUAAUGGUAGUAAUGUGAACAACAAUAGUAACCACACUAGUAAUGCUUGUAGUGUUAGUAGUGGUAGCAGUGGAGUCAACACAGUAACAAUCCCUACAGCGUCAUUACUUCCCAAUUUGUUAUCUGCCAUUCCGUUGUCUACGUAUAUAUCCGGAUUAGGACUGAAUACAACUGGAGGUAUAAUUACUUCACCAAAUAGUUUGUGUAAUGUUGGUGUUACUAGUACAGCUGUUUCGUCUGCUGCAACCCUUACUAAUAAUAAUAAUAAUAUUGGUGGUAUGAUUGUGACACCAUCGAAUGUUGAGAAUAUUACAGUUCCUUUAUCAUCUGACCGAAGUCAUAGUCAAGCUGAAUCCUUACAUGUCUCUGACGAUAAAAACACUCAGCGUCCUGUUGGACGUGUAAAACGCUUCAAAUGUCCUAUGGUUAAUUGUCAAAUGUCAUUUCACAGUAGAUUCAAUCAAAUGGAACAUAUACGUACACAUACUGGUGAGCGUCCUUUCACCUGUCCAGAACCUCAUUGUACUUCAACAUUUAAACGUAGACGUGAUCUUCGUGAUCAUUGGAGUAUGCAUCUUUUAGAUUGCCCACCAUCAGCUACUUUGACUGAAGAAGAAUUCAAUAAAGCAUUGAAAGAAGCUGAUGAAAAAUACAACGCAAUGUAUAAGUGGGAAACGUUCAAUGUAAACGCUUCAGUUAAUAAAGAUAAUAUUACUGGUAGUAAUAAUAAUAGUAAUGACAACAAUAAUGAUGUAAAUACUGUAAAGUCCGAAUCAUCUCAGUCAUCCGUGGUAAUUCCUGACCCCAGAGCACUAUUUAACAUUAAGUCUGUUAGUGAAUUGGGUAGAUAUCAUUGUACAUAUCCUGGAUGUGAUAAAUCGUAUGCUAGACGGCAUCGCUUGAACCAACAUAUAUCAACACAUACUGGCACUGGUCCGAUACCAUGUGAUGCACCGAAUUGUAAUGUCAGGUACUUUUCAGAAGAGGAUUUAAAGAGACACAAAUUAUCUCAUCUUUAUGCGGCUGAUAAGGAUUCACGGCGUCGACAUGCUUGUACAUAUGCUGGAUGCGGUAAAGCCUAUUCAAAGCUGAACAAGCUCAAAGAGCAUUUACGGUCACAUACAGGUGAAAGGCCCUACGUCUGUCGUGAACCUGGUUGCGGCGCUGCAUUUAUCCGACUAUACGGUGUUAAACGUCAUGAAUUAACACACGUAUUCGGUCGUAAACGUGCUGAAAGACUGUCUCAAAUCCCUAACACUAAUAGUAUGACAGAGACUAGUUUUGAUAUUUCUGACCCAAGGUUGGAUAUUCAGAACAAUCCAGAAAUAACUACUAGUUCACCAUAUAUCUUACCAAAGCCGGAACCAUUAGAAACAAGAAAUGAGAUAUCGAUAGCACCAGCUGUUAUGAAAAAUCGUCCUCUCCCAGCUAUUGCACCAAAAUCGAGUGUAUCUCUUCCGAUGCGUCCGAUUUCUCCUAUAAGUGGGAAUCCAGGAAUGAGACGACCACAUAUCUGUCCAUUUAAAGAAUGCGGUAAAGCAUUCCCAAAACUGAAUAAACUUCGUGAACAUAUAUGUCGACAUACAGGUGAACGACCAUUUGUGUGUGAUCAAUGUAAAGCUUCAUUUGUCCGUAUGUAUGAUUUACGUCGUCACAGCAAUAUCCACAUUCGUGGUGCACAACCAAGGAGUUUAUCACGUUUUCUCACAACUCCACAACAAACAAAUGAAACACUUAAAUCUAUUGUCAUAAACAGUCAAAUUUCUGUCAGUACUGCUUCCAUUACCACUCCCAAUACUGCUACUAUUACUACUACUAUCAAUACUACUAGUGCUAUUCCCACUGUUACUACGACAGUUUCUGCAACCAGUCUUAUUUCAGAUACUACAAAUCCCACCAUCUCUACUGUUCCUGUUUCUAUCAGUACUGUUAAAGUUAAAGAAGAGUCAGAAGUAAUCAAAAUGGAAGAAUUUAUUGAACAAUCAACAAUUCUGCAACCGUGUGAUACUGAUGAUCAGGUAACAGAUUGUAUUGAUAAAUAGUGUCACUCACCUUGGAUCAUUUUGAUUUUGACGAUUAUUUAACAUAAAUGGAAUGAUCGAUAACAUUUUUGUACAAAAAAUUAUCCAGUAUUAGUUGUCACUGACGAUGCAGUAAUAAUGAUUGUAGUUGACUCAUUAAUCUGUAGUAUUUUUCUUUUUACAAAUGCCAUUCAUUCAUUAACCAACCAACUAUUUGUGUGUUCACCAAUUAUUAUUAUUAUCAUCAUCAUUUUUUUUGGUAUUUCAUGUGACCUUGUAAUUUCAUUGACUUGUUUUUCAUCUGAUUUUAUCGAUAAAUUAAUGUCUGAUUUUAAUUUCUUGCCUAUCAUAAAGUAUUGAUUAUUUCUUGAUUCAUUCUUGACAGUCAUAUAUAUAUAUGUAUUACGAUGUCAUUAUUUCUUGAUAUCGUUUGGAAUAUUUCAUAAUGUGCGAAUUCGAACAUUAUCCUUUGUCGGUCUCUUAUUUUGUAAGUCACUCGAGUUUGGUUGGAUGACUCAUAGUUUAUUGACCUUAGAUUGGUUCAUUUGUAAUGUUUGUUAAACAGAUGACCUUCCUUAAUGGGUGUAUCGUAUCUAAUGUGAAUUAUAUAUGGUCAGGACUUCGGUUUUUUAAAAAAAAAACAUAAAACUUGGUAUUUAUGCUUAAUGCUUUUAUGGAUACGUACACGUACAAUGAAGACAUUUUAAAUUCUUGACAUAUCACUGGCAAUGUACUACUUUGUUACUCAAGCCAUAGUAGAGUAUUUUACGGAAUGAACAACAUACAAUUUUAAAAGACAGUUAUGGGAGUGGGUGAGGUGGCGCUUCUAUAUGACUCUCGAUGAUUUUUGACGUAGGAAACUAUUCAACAGUUGAAAUUCGAGUUAUUAAACUCAGUGAACUACAGCUCAUACAUUUGUUCAGCAGUUUUGUUUACUUUAAAUAAUCUUAAAAACAUCAUGGUGUAUUGCAGAAAAAAUACUUCGAAGAAUUCAACAAUAAGUUCCCUUGUAUAGUCUUGUUUUCCUUCAUAUUCAGUUUGUUGUGUAAGUUACAUUAUGAAACAAUUUUCUGGAGUGGUUGAAGACAGUCUACAGGCGACCCUAAUUUAGGACUAGACAAAGAUUGAUCAAUACGCAGUGAUCAGUCAGUCGUACAAGAGGUCACUUACGUCCCGAAUGACCCAGUGGUAACGUCUUAGAUUGAGAAACUGGGUGACAGUUUCAGAUCCACCAGUGUGGACCUGUUCCCUCAAGAUUCCACAUAUGCCUUGGUAGCUAUUACUGUCUCGUAUGCAACUGAGGUCAAGUGGGGUUUCCUGUUGACUACCUUCAACGACCUAACAUUUCGGCAUAGUGCAUGCGAUGUUCAGUCGUUUAAACUAAUGAUUACGCUGUCACUUGGUCUAUAACACUUGAUUUACCAUAAGGGAAUAGUUAAACAUGACAUCGGUCACUAGUCAGUGAUCAGUUGACUGUUAUUCAGUGACUUUCAUAAUAUUAACUAAACAAUUACAUUUUUUUCAAGUUUUUCUCUAUUAUGAUUCGUCUGGUAGUUUCAAGUACUUUGACUCUGUUGAUCAUGAGGUUCUAUGGCAGUGUUUGUCACUGAAAGGAGUACCAAAGAAGUACAUUAACCUUGUAAAGGCUCUCAACUCGAACACAACUGGUCGAGUGAAAGCUUAUGGCGAACUGUCAUCAGAAUUUAUUACGUCAAGUGAUGUUCGUCAGGGCUGUCCACUUCCUCCAUACUUGUUUAACUUUGUCGUUGAUGUGCUUUUAGGGAUAACACUUUCCAGGGGUUGAACUUUAUUAGGAGAUUCACUUGUUGACUUAGAAUAUACCGAUGACAUAGUUCUAUUUGGUGAAGACGCUGACGAAAUACAGAGUCUUCUGACCACUCGAAGCAACAAUGCAAGCAUGUUCGGCAUGUGAUUCAUUCCUUUGAAAUGCAAAAUGUUGCUUCAGGAUUGGGUUGCAUCGACACCCGAACUAAUGAUAGGGAGUAAAGUAGUUGAGCGUGUCUAUCGCUUCACUUAUCUUAGAAGUCUCAUCAGCCCUUGUGGUCUUGAGUUCUGUUAGAGGUGCCCUUGUGGUCUGGUAUGUGACAAAAUCUCAGCAUGGAUACAGAAGGCUCGACUAGCUUUUACCAACUUGCGUCACUUAUGGCGUAGGUGAGAUAUCCGUCUACCAAUCGAAGAACGGGUUUACUGCGCAGCAGUUCGAUCCGUCCUACUUUAUGGCAGUGAAACAUGGCCGGUAAGAGUAGAGGAUAUUGGUAGGUUGUUAGCAUUUGAUAAUAGGUGUCUUCGAAACAUUGCUCGUAUAUCCUGGGGUCACCGAGUAAGUAAUGCAGUUGUUAGGAAACGGGUACUAGGUAAGGAUGGCAAAUCGAUUGAUGAAGUAGUGAAACUUCAUGAGUUGAGAUGGCUGGGACAUGUGUUACGUAUGCCGAACCACCGACUGCCUCGACGUGCGAUGUUUUAUGGUGUGGGAUUAGGUUGGAAGAAAGCUAGGGGCGGUCAGAACAAAACGUGGCACAAAUCGAUGAAGCCACUGACAAGUGGACUGAGUCAUGUUGGUAGGUGUAGACUACCUGGUUGGGGACUGCGAGAUGAUAGCAACAGAUGGUUAGAGACCCUGAAUGACAUGGCUCAAAAUCGUUUGCAAUGGCGCAGGUGCAUCCACUCUUUGUGUUCUUCCAAAUUCUAAUCUUCUGAUUCCUCUUUGUCUCCUUUUUCUACUUUACAAAUUUAUUUAACUGGAUUAUACUCCGUGAAUAACAUCUCCAAACCCUAAUCAUCCCAACUACUGCUUAUACUCCUACUAUCUCUACCACUAUUUGAUUUGAAUCGAUAACUGCAUCUCUGUGCUAAUGUGGUAUGGCAACUCGAACUGAUGUACGUGCGUACGAAGUUCCACGUUGUUGUUAUUGACUGACUGAGUUUCAAGUACUUGUUUGAAUAUACCGAAGAUAUGAGAAAAGACAAACCAAUGAACAUUUAUAACAAUUUUACUAAGUCAUAUAAUAUUAUGGAUGGUGAAUUUCAUAUUGACAAGUUUAACUCAUUUCGAUAAACAGCAAUGUUGUAGUGUGAUCAAUGGGAAUUCGUCAUGUAGAAAGAAAUUUUAAAGUGCAAAGAAAUAUUUAAAAAAGUGUUAAUUUACACUGUAGUUAUUAAAGGUGUCCAGACUUUCAUGUGAAUAUGCUUUAAAUUUCUAAAGAGCCUAACUUUAAAUGAAGUAAACAAAGUUAUUUACUUUAAGACGCUUCUACCUGAAUUGUCAGUAAACGUAAGUUGCAUUCUUUCGUAUAUUGUAACAGUUUUAUGCUUUGAUUUCGGUUAUCUUCGCAAAUCCCCAUUUCCUAUUCAACUUUAUGAAAAGGUUAAAGUCAGGUCAAAUCUGAAAGUCGAAUGAUGUUUUGUUACAGCUUAUAGAUACAGAAGUAUAUAAGCUCAUCGACUAGUCAUACCAAAUAGGUUCAUUGUGAGCUAUUGUUUGUAAAUAAAUCAAUUAAAAUACAUUGUUCACUAUUAAUGGAGAGUGCGAUAUGCUUUUUAGAGGAUUUUAAUAAAUCCAAUUUACACUCAAGAUUGGUUGACUCAUUGAAAAGUUAUUACCUACAAGAUUGUCUCAAUUUCUGCAAAGCAAACAUGGAACCUAUUUCUAAUAAUCUAAUCUAUUUUAUAAUGCAUAAAUAUGUCAUAUACAUUGUGAGUCAAUCAUAAGGGUGUGUCGCUUGUCAAACACGAUGCUAACAUGUCUAUGAAUUUUUCUAAAAUACAUGGAAGGAUAUUUAGAAGUCGAUGACGUUUGUCUGAACUCCAUGAUCAUUUAAUUACCCAAUAUUUAAAAUUACUAUUCGAUAAGUAUGACUUCAAAUGAUUGGGACUUUCUGAAUGAGUGUUAAAACCGAUUAAUCAUUGUAUAACGUAAAAAAAAAACUAGUUCAGCACACUGAUCAACUAUUCUAUAUAAGUACUAAAAUACAGUUCUAAAAAAUUUCAACCUCAUUUUAUCUACAUUCUUAUUUACCAGUGCUAAAUAAAGUAUUUACAUAGGAAGAACGAAGUGAAAAGCUAACAUGUCGAAACCCAUCCCACAACAAUUGAGAUUAAAAGCUCAGUGUCUUUCAAUAGUGUAAUUUCCCGUCAUCUAUUUGAUAGUGGACACAGUGUCGAAAUUUCAAAAUCGUCCAAAAUAAUCAAUAUUCAAGCCAACUCGAAUUUACUAUGUUUAUCAGUGAUUAAAACUGAAUCUAUGCAUUGCAAAACAUACUGUUGUAAAUUUCGAAUUACCCUGGUAACUUCUAGCUUAUUAUAGUUUAGUUGUGUAAUAUCCUAUUUCAUGUUCUAAAUUACAAAUUCUUUUCAUUUCUACGUCAUUAUUUUUAGCUUUAUUCAUUUUACUCUUGAUGUGUCCAGUUUUACGGUUGUUGUUACGUAACUUGUAACGUUGAUUUUCAUUUUCAUUUUAUGGAAACCUGAUUUAGAAUUUUCAUAUUUGGUCGUAUAAAUAUUCAUCCAUUUUGACAUUUUAUAAUUGAUUUAUGGUUGUCAUUAUUUUAUUAACCUUCAUUAGUCUGAUAUGAUAUAGUAGAUAAUUAUGGCGAGGCCAUGUUCUAUGGACGACGUUGAACAACACCGAAGUGACCUUGAAAAGUAACUGCUUGCUAGGGUGGAAAUAGGUUUGUAGAUUAAUUUAAGGAAUUGAGAAUAGGAGUUAGAGUUAUAAGUUAGGGUUUUCAUCACGAGCUAACAUCUAUAGUGUCAAAAUGUUAUUUAACCAUAUCGAUAUAUGAAUUUCACUUGAAAAUUGAAGUCUAUCUUAAAUCUGGUUGAUUCGUCCAUAAAUUAUGGUCCUGUCAUAAUUAUUACUGUUGUUUCUAAAUUGUGAACAGCUGAAGAGAAACUACGAUAUAAACGAACCUACCUUAUCCGACUACGUUUAUUGUUCUUACCUGAAUCAAGUUUUAUUUUUACUCACAAAAGUGAACAUCAGAUGAGUAACGAAAGCUAAAGAACGUUGAAAAUACGUUCUAACAUGUCUUAAGGCCAAUAUAAUAUCAUGUAAUGUCAUUGAGUGAGAUGACCGUGCGGACUACUAUGCUUGGAUCAAUGACACUGAUGCCCAAAUAAGUGACCUGAUAUUUCAACGUUGUUGCUAUGUAGAUUUCGUGUCCGCAAACUCAAUCAGAAUGCGAAAGUGAAUCAGCAGAUGUGAUCGCUGUAUCUAUGGUUAAGAAAUUCACGUGAUUAAAUACAUGAAUUACCUGAUUAUAACUUAAGUAAGCAGUUAAAUAUAUACUGAACAUAGAAUCUAAAAUAAACAUUCAGUUUAAUAGUCUAAUAAAUAAUUUACAGUAAUUUGAAAGCGGAAGAGCUUUUGAUAGUAGUUAAUCAAUCUAUUGAGAGCUUUCAACUAAGGGGAUAUAAAAAUUAUAGAGACUGUGUUCGUAAAUGCAUAUUAAAAAACUAUGACUACUGGUAUCCUGAUCAACGUAAAGUUGGUCAUUUUCUCUUAUUUAUCUCGUUCCAAAAUUGAGCUAAAUCCCACUUUCCAUAUUUUUUUACUUCAAUCAAUUCAGCGGUUUAGUACGACAGUUUUAACUAAUUGAACUCAUCAUUAAUACUUGAAUAUUGAUAUGAAUAUGUAUUUCAUAAUAAAGUGAUUUAAUAUUAUUGUCGUUAUAAAAAUAAAUGGAUUAUC